ACAGAUGGACGUCGAGCUCAGACCACAACUUCCCCCUCUCGCCUGUGGCUUUUUUUGUUGUUGUUAUUUUUGCACCUCAUCACUCUUCAGUGCCGAAAAGUCUCCCGUUGGGUCACUCCGUGCGCUGGACUCGAUAGAACCAUGGCCUUGUGGCGCAGGAGCCCGUUCCUGGCGGCUAUUCCUCUGUGGAUGAGUUUGGGUCGAGCUGGUGAGUUUAGCGACUACGCCGCGCUCGCAGAACCCGAGAUCUGUUAUGUGCUGGACGGUAUUCUGUUUUUGUACGGCAUCAUCCUGACCGCUCUCUACUGCAGACUGAAGAUACGUGCCGCUAAGGAGUCUGCAGAGGGGAAGGCAAAUGGCACGCAGUAUGCCGACGAAGGCAUCUACACGGGUUUGACUCCUCAUGCCCAGGACAUGUAUGCGACAAUUGACCUGAAGAAGUGACAGGGAGAGAGAAGACAAUCGAUGUUUUGAUUUGAUACAUUACGCAGAUCUCAGAUCUCCGGCCUUGGGGACAAUUCACAUUUGGAGCCUUUGGAACACUUCUCAAAUCAUCUUUCCCUACUGAAAUUAAAAGAAAUGCCAUAAAUCUGACCCCCCCCCCCCCCCCCCCUUCCAAAAAGACUCUUUAAUGUUUUGAUGGGGGAAAUAGCACUGAAGGAAUGUAUUGUAUACUUUGUAAAAACAUACAUGACAAUUAAGUAGAAUUUAAAGGAAGUGUUUUGGCCA